UUUGCGGUAGGCCUCCAGUAAUUCGUGAUACAGAUAUGCAAACAGACUUGUGUCAAAUAGUAUUAUCGAGCGGUCAUCAAAUCGUUAAAAUUUUAAUCUACGAUACGCGUCAAUAUUUAGAGUCUAUUCGGAAAGAGAAGAGUCGUGGAAUAUAUUGGGCCCCAUACAUUCCACGACUCUUCUCUUUCCGCACAGACUCUAUGUCAUACAUUGUCAAUAUCUGAGUAACUUGUAGUAGUACUGAUAGUGUGAUAGGGCCAAAGGGCGCUAAUAAUGUACAGCCAAGAUAAUACUUUGCUUAGUAAUCCGUUUCUAUUGUAUACAAUUGAACUAUGAAGACAGCAUAUUAUUAGGCUAUGCAAUAAGAUCUAAAGAGGAUAGCAACGAGGUUUCCGAUUAGGUAGAGGCAAAGAGUAAAGUAAGUAUAUAAUUGAGAUACAUUUGCUACUUGAGUUUAGUAGGUAGGUACAGUAGCACUCGCACUUCACAUUGGGCCUCAGCCACAUCAGCAUACGACGGAUUGUUAAUAGAACUUUUUGCUCGGCCUCAAACUAUGACCAGCCCAAACUGACAUUUGUCUAAUUUCAACUUACCAAACAAACAUUCUACAUUAAAAUUACUGCACAUCAUGUCUAGAAUGAGAUGUUAGCGAUCGGGCUAGCGGCUGUUUUGGCUGCUCUUUUCAUCUGUUGCUCCGGCGCGUCGGUAGAUUACUGUGGGGCUGCGAUGUGUGGGAUGUCCAAUUCUCACACGUUUUGUCAGUAUACCGAAGGCCCAGGCCCCAAAUGUACCGGUUAUAUAAACGACCGCCUCACGGGCGAGGAGAAGACGCGUUUGAUUGGUCGUAUGAACCGUCGGCGUAACGAGGCGGCCCUGGGCAAAUUACAAAUGCCUCCAGCUAGCAAUAUGCUGAAACUGCGUUGGGUCGAAGAGUUAGCUCGAGAAGCGCAGGUAUGGGCAGAUCAAUGCAACCCGCCUAGCUAUCCUGAGGGACAUGAUGUGUGCAGAGAUCUCUAUUCAAUAACAGUAGGUCAGUGCGUGGCGUCAGUGGUCGGAGAAGCGCCCGGCCUCCGGCCCGAGUCCAUGGUCGACAUGUGGUAUUUGCAGGGUCGGCAGAAUACCAUCCCCACGGAUGACAAGAACUAUCCAAUGGACUUCGCGCAAAUGCUAUGGGCGCACACGUAUUUAGUUGGCUGCGCUAGAAGUCGAUUUAUGAUAGAACAAAACGGCCGUCUCCGUACAGUGACACGCCUGGUAUGCAACUUCGCGCCGCGCGGACCGGAGGGUCCGUUGUGGGUCCCAGGAGCGCCUGCAUCCGUCUGUCCGGCUCUUUCUGGGCCUGACCCGGUAUUUUCUGGACUUUGUACCUUUCAUCACGACGCGACCUUUACGUAUGACACCAGAAAUGCAACAGUAUUAAAGGAACAGUUAGUUUUGGAUACAAUACUGGAAAUAGAUAAAAAUGAUUCUUUGAACUAUCAUGGUAGUUUGGAUCAAAUAUAUUUGACAAAAAUGGUGGCAGUAAGUAUAAAUAGCCAAACUGAGCAGCAAUACCAACUUGAUUUCACAGAGAAGAAUGAUGUAGUUCAAACCAAAAUUCUAGAUUAUAAGGAAGUCAUGAGAAAUAUCACUGACAAUUAUACGAUAACUGAUUACAGUCACGAAAAUGUAACAACAAAAAAAGUAAACGAAUCAUUUACGAUACGAGUAACCAAAAAAAUAUUAAGUACAGUUGGAAGACCUAAAUCAUAUAACAUAGAGGAGCUUAAUCUAGAAAACAAGGAUGCUGAAAAUGGAACAGCAAAUUCAGUGCCUGUCAAAGAAGAUAAUGUUUACAAUGAUUAUCUUGAUGAUAUUGUAGAGAGAAAUGAAAGGGAUUAUAUUGCGGCUGUGAGAGAAAGUAAUGUAACAAUAGCAACACCAUCAGUUGUAAUCGAACUCGCCACAGAAACUAUAAAGUCAACAGGAAGCUCAAUAAUUUCAACAUACAUUUUGGAACCAACGACAGCUACUUUUAUAAAUGACAGUGAAAUAAAUAAUGUCACUGUUUACCCAGACGCAGACGUCCGAACUACGACUCCCUAUGUUAAAAAUGAUAUCCUAAAAAGACUGCUAAAUUUAAGUGAAAAAACUGACCAGAAUCCGUCAGACCCUGAAACGGCGCGACAACUUGAAGAAGCAUUGGAGGAUAUGGAGAAAGCUCUCGCAUCUUCACCGGUUUCCAGUAAGGUUCGCCGGGAUUUACGUCAACCACAAGAAUCUAUAGACAUACCAGAGCAGAGGGAGAAUGAGCGAAGACCACAAAAAGAGCUACCUAAAGAGCUAACCGAAACCCAAAAACUGAAAGAAAUUGGUACACCCGACUCAGCUCCAAUAAUGGCUAUACUGACAAAAUACGCUCCACUGAUAAAAAGCUAUGAAAACAUAUUCAAACGAAGCGAUGCAUCAAAUACCACUCUUAGUUUAAUAGUGUUGGUGUUAGGGUGCAUAGUUUCAAACAGUUUGUAAACGUAAAUGAACUAGACUACAGUGCGACGUAAAAUAGUAGAAAAUAAAUCAGGGCCACUUUUUCGUAACUCACAUUUCUGACAUAAUAUACUUAAACAUGACGACAAUUUUGUAUGCGAAGUUUCUACUCUUUCAUGUCGAACUGUAACUAGAAUCCAUGUACGCUAAAUCAAAUAUCAAAAAUCAAAUCAAACAUUAUUUAUUUUUAGGCAACGACGGCUCAUAGCUAUAUAUCGGUAACAUACAUACAAUAAUGCUUAAGGUCAAUGUGGGGAAAACCGGCAUGUACAAUUUUUGGUUUGGAAGACAGUCAUUCAUAGGGCAAGAACUAUUUUAUUUGUAUUCGUACUUUGCUCUGAUACAGCCAUAAUGAAAGAGCUUCGGUCCUUCUACUCUACCGAACUUGUGUAAGUGGAGUAUGUGUACAAACGCAAGAGUUAGGGUCGGUUGCACCAAAACAUCUGUCACCAAUAAAGCGUUAGCUAAAUUAUAUUUAUGGGAAGGUUCACAGUUCUCUGUUGAGUGACGUUCAUCUGUCCGCUAAUUGUGGUGGAUGAAACUGGUCCUUAGAAGAGCAAAAGAGCUUGUAGACGGUCUUACCUGAUAGACGGCCUUCACCAUAUUGACCUGAAGCUAAGUUUGCAUCGACUUGGCUGUGGCAAAUAAAUAUUCACCGGAGAUGACCGAACGAAAUGCUCUUAUAGAACUUUCAGUAGGAGUAGCAGAGAAAGCGUUGUUAUUGUUUGUCCUUGUCACAGUCUCACAUUGGGCGGUGUUAACCUCUGGAGUUGCAGGCGUCCAUAGGCUACGGUGACUGCUUACCAUCAGGCGAGCCGUAUGUUUGUUUGCCACCGUCGUGGUAUUUUUUAAUACUACGUCGGUGGCAAACAAGCAUUCGGCCCGCCUGAUGGUAAGCAGUCACUGUAGCCUAUGUAAGCCUGCAACUCCAGAGGAGUUACAUGCGCGUUGCCGACUCUAAACCCCCCUCCCCAUCUUUGAACUCUGGCAACCUUACUCACCGGCAGGAACACAACACAAAACAAACAAAAAAAUAAUAAAUAAUAUUUCAAUUGUUUAAUCCGUUUUACCUAUAUUUGUUAGUGAUGUAUUGUGAUUUUAAGUUUUGUAAUUUCGUUGUAUUAUUUAUGUACUGUAUUUGUAUUUGCUAUUUUUUUAAAGCUCGUGUUAUUAUU